AUGGAGGGGCAGUGGGAUCUAGUCAUUUCGUCUUUGCAAGAUGUUUACAACACAAACGAGGUGAAUCAUUUGAACGAUGAUGUGAACUUGAAGAGGCUCAACUUCGCCAACCUGCCAACUGAGCAAUUGCAAUCACACUUGGAUCAUUUUGAAGCGCACGAGGAGAACGUCAAACGAGCCCAACGACUGCUCGAAGCUGUAAGGACUAACCUAGAUAGCGUGAUUGAAUACACAGCUACACAAGAAGCCCAAAAGUCUGCUACUCCGGCCGCAGUGGGCGACCUGGACCACCGAGUUGGUUCCAAAUCAGCGCAGGAUCAAGCAGCACCUACUCAUACGGGUCGAUGUUACUGGGUCAGUCAAUAUAAUCCAGAUGGACCCUUGCUUGUUGGGUCAGAGGUUGCAUACAAGCCUAAGAAGGGUGGGGAAGGAGAGUGGUUCCAAUGCGAAGUAAUCAAGAUAUCCGCAGAUGGUCUUAGGUACGAGGUCAGAGAUCCGGAACCCGAUGACAUGGGCAAUAUGGGGAAGUUGUUCAAAUGUACGUGGAAAGAACUAAUCUUCAUCCCUCCACAGGAUGCCACCAGAAGUCAGACUCCAAACUACCCACCGGGGACCAAAGUAUUGGCCAGAUACCCCGAGACUACAACAUUCUACCCUGCAAUCGUUACGGGCACUAAAAGGGACGGGGUGUGUCGGCUCAAAUUUGAUGGCGAAGAAGAAGUGGACAAGGAGAUGGAAGUGACCAGACGACUAGUGCUGCCAUACCCAACGGUCUCGUCCCAGCCAGUGAAGAGAUGA